AACGCGAUCUUGUGGUUACAGUUUUUAUUUUCAAAAGUUGGACAUCGCGUCCAGAAUAAAACGACAAGUUCCAAGACUCAUUGCUUGGUUUACGGACGUAUUUGUAAAGCUGCUCAUUUCAACGGUUGCCAUCUGAGAGGAUACUAGGCAUAGCUACAUAUACACCUCUGCUAGUCUCCAGAGCAUAUCUCUGUAGUCUCUUUUGUUAUGUACAUGAUAGCAACGUUUUUGGUGGGAUAUUUUAAUGUGAUAUUUCAAUGUGAAGCUAGCUAGCUACAUCAAGAACACACACAUACGUUCACAAGUUAUCCAUGAAGCCACUGUUGGAUUCUGAUGAGGAGGAAGAAGAGUUGGGAGCAUAUCAAAAGAAACUCAGAGAGAGAGCAAACCGCAGCAUCCAGCAGCUCAGCAGUGCACUGGAAGAGCCCAGCUCAGAUGCAGAGGGCAUGGAACCAGGCAGGGCUGGAGACACAGACAGCAUGACUGGAGAGGACUCAUGGAACCAAAGGCAACAGAGUGAAGCUGUAAAUCAGCUGCGAUCACUCCUGCAAAAGCAGCAGAAAGAGACACUUUCACUCACUUCUCCUUCAAAGAGAAAAUCUUCUCCAAAGAGGUGUCAAGAUGAUGUGAGCUCUAGCAUGCCUGCCGUUAAAGACCUGGUCCCCAUUCUCCACAACCAGUCAGAGUACAUCCAGCACCUGGAGGCUGAGGUCAAGUUCUGCAAGGAGGAGCUUCUGGGGAUAAAACAGAGGAUAAGGGUGGUGGUGGUAGAGAAUGAGAAACUACAUGGAGAGAUCAAGUCCAAACUGGUGGAAGACACCCUGAAAGACUACACUCUCUUAGAUGGCACGGUGAAUUCCGAGCCGCCCAGGGAAGACAGUCCUCAAAGAACAGCUUUCAUACCAGCUCAUGUUGUCUUUCAACAAGCAGAGGAACACAAGUGGAAGAAAGAACUGGAGCAGCUCAAAUCCCUCUAUCUAGCCCAGACAGAGACACUGGAAGCUCAAGUAAGGUCACUGAACAAGAACCUGGCCAGCAGUCAGAAGGAGUGUGAAGAAGUCAAAGGUCGUCUGAGACAUAAGGAAGCGAUGGCAGCGGCGGGCAGUGCCAAGAAGUGCGUAGGCGGCCUCUGUCUGAAGUGUGCCCAGAAUGAGGCCGUGCUGGCAGAGACACACUCCAACAUGCACAUCCAGGCCAUUGAGAGACUCACCAAAGAGCGUGAUGAGCUGAUGAGUGUGUUGUGCUCUUUGAGGGCCAGUCAGAGCGAGGCCCAGCAGAGAGAGUGGGCAGCCUACCAGCAGGUCAAACAGGCUGUAGAGAUGGCUGAGGAGGCCAACCUGGAGAAGACCAGGGCGGUGGUGCAGUGUGAGGCAUUUGCCAGGGAGCUAGCCAGACAGAGAGAUAGGCUGGAGACUGAGAUGGCUGCAGAGCAGGAGAAAAUCUCUGAGGCCAGAGAGGGGGUACGCAACGAGGCCCUCAAGGAGAAGGAGACACUGGGCCAAACGGUGGCCAGCCUAUCCCAGAGGGUAGCAGAGCUGGAGGGUCAACUGGCCAGGGGGGAAAGAGAGAGGCGCUCCCUGAGCACCCAGCUGGAUGAGACCCUACGCAAACUCACAUCACAGGAGCAGGACACCAGCAAGGUGUGUGGGGAGCUGCGUUACCGGCUCAGCCAGGCUCAGCUGAAGAGAGAGGAGGUAGAGAGGGAGCUCCGAGACUGUAGCUCCAAGACAACACGGCAGCUAGAGAUGACUGAACAGGAAGUGGAGAAGCUGGGUGUGGAGCUGAGCGUCUGCCGGCAGCAUUUGGACCAGGCCCAGAGGGACGCGGGCCGACUGCAGGCGGAGGCUCUGAGCCUGACGGAGCGGCUGGGCCGAGCUGAGCACCAACUGCACCUCACCAGGCAGGAGAAGGAGAGUGCGGAGCGCUGCCGGGGUGAGGACAUGGAUGCUCUGACCUUCUCUGCACAGCAGCGCGAGCAGGAGCUGACACAGAGGCUCCAGCAAAUGGAGGCGCAGCACGAGCGGAGCGUGGGUGAGUUGGAGGCCCUCCUCAGCUCCCAGAAUGCCCUGAUAGGGAAACUGAAGGAUGAAUGUCUCAGUCUGGGGACCAAGCUGGAGACGCUGACAGAGACUAGCAGGAGUGAGGUGGAGCAGCUCUCCCUGGAGAAGGAUCAUCUGGAAGAGAGUGUUGGGAAGCUGAGAGCUCGCUGUACAGAGAUGGAGGAGCAGUGUGUACAACAUGGGAGGAUGCACCAGCGCAUGAAGAACAGACUGCAGCAGUUGGACCAGCACAGUCAGUCCAGUGCCCAGCAGGUGAUGGAGCUGCUUGCCAAACAGAACCUGUUGAUGCAGGAGCGCCACCUACUCACUGAAGAGAUGCAGAACCUACGCAUACAGUUACCUGCUGGUUCUAGGAGGCCUGACACCUUGUCCACAUGACAUCCUCUUCAUCUUGACUGAAGCACAGUGACAGUAAAAAUCUGUCGUUCUGCCCCUGAGAAAGGCAGUUUUAACCCACUGUUCCCUGGGCGACGUGGAUGUUAAGGCAGCCCCCUGCACCUCUAAAUGCGUAAGACACAUUUCAGUUGAAUGCAUUCAGUUGUCCAACUGACUAGGUAUCCUCCUUUCCUUAUAAUGAUGGUCUCCUACUGUAGAAAUAGUGUAUAUGACCAAUUCAGUUAUUAUUCUCUCUUGGGUUGGUUUUGGGCCACAUCCUGUGUGUGUGUGUAUUAUUUAUACAUACAAGCGGAAAGUAUUCAGACCCCUUCACUUUUCACAUUACAGCCCUAUUCUGAAAUUUAUUAAAUUGUUAUUUUUCCUCAAAUCUACACACAAUACCACAUAAUGACAAAGCAAAAACAGGUACAUAAAAAAAAAAAUAUAUCUAUAUAUAUAAACUCAGCAAAAAAAGAAACAUCCUCUCACUGUCAACUGCGUUUAUUUUCAGCAAACUAACUUGACAUGUGUAAAUAUUUGUAUGAACAUAACAAGAUUCAACAACUGAGCCAAAUUGAACAAGUUCCACAGACAUGUGCCUAACAGAAAUGUAAUAAUGUGUCCCUGAACAAAGGGGGGGUCAAAAUCAAAAGUAACAGUCAGUAUCUGGUGUGGCCACCAGCUGCAUUAAGUACUGCAGUGCAUCUCCUCCUCAUGGACUGCACCAGAUUUGCCAGUUCUUGCUGUGAGAUGUUACCCCACUCUUCCACCGAGGCACCUGCAAGUUCUCGGACAUUUCUGGGGGGAAUGGCCCUAGCCCUCACCCUCCGAUCCAACAGGUCCCAGAUGUGCUCAAUGGGUUUGAGAUCCGAGCUCUCCACUGGCCAUGGCAGAACACUGACAAUCCUGUCAUGCAGGAAAUCACACACAGAACGAGCAGUAUGGCUGGUGGCAUUGUCAUGCUGGAGGGCCAUGUCAGGAUGAGCCUGCAUGAAGGGUACCACGAUGGAGGAGGAUGUCUUCCCUGUAACGCACAGCAUUGAGAUUGCCUGCAAUGACAACAAGCUCAGUCCGAUGAUGCACACCUUGGAGGGUCCAGACCAUGACGGACCCUCCACCUCCAAAUCAAUCCCGCUCCAGAGUACAGGCCUCAGUGUAACGCUCAUUCCUUCAACGAUAAACGCAAAGCCGACCAUAACCCCUGGUGAGACAAAACCGUGACUCGUCAGUGAAGAGCACUUUUUGCCAGUCCUUUCUGGUCCAGCGACUGUGGGUUUGUGCCCAUAGGCGACGUUGUUGCCGAUGAUGUCUGGUGAGGACCUGCCUUUCAACAGGCCUACAAGCCCUCAGUCCAGCCUCUCUCAGCCUAUUGCGGACAGUCUGAGCACUAAUGGAGGGAUUGUGCGUUCCUGGUGUAACUCGGGCAGUUGUUGUUGCCAUCCUGUACCUGUCCCGCGGGUGUGAUGUUCAGAUGUACCGAUCCUGUGCAGGUGUUGUUACACGUGGUCUGCCACUGCGAGGAUGAUCAGCUGUCUGUCCUGUCUCCCUGUAGCGCUGUUUUAGGCGUCUCACAGUACGGACAUGGCAAUUUAUUGCCCUGGCCACAUCUGCAUGCCUAAGGCACGUUCACGCAGAUGAGCAGGGAUCCUGUUUUUGAGUCAGUAGAAAGUCCUCUUUAGUGUCCUAAGUUUUCAUAACUGUGACCUUAAUUGCCUACCGUCUGUAAGCUGUUAGUGUCUUAAUGAACAUGCACCUGUGGAAUGGUCGUUAAUUGUUUAUGGUUCAUUGAACACACAUGGGAAACAGUGUUUAAACCCUUUACAAUGGUGAUCUGUUAAGUUAUUUGGAUUUUUACGAAUUGUCUUUGAAAGACAGGGUCCUGAAAAAGGGACUUUUCUUUUUUUUGCUGAGUUUAUAUAUCACAUUUACUUAAGUAUUCAGACCCUUUACUCAGUGCUUUGUUGAAGCACCUUUGGCAGCGAUUACAGCCUUCUUGCGUAUGACGCUACAAGCUUGUCCCAUUUGGGGAGUUUCUCCCAUUCUUCUCUGCACAUCCUCUCAAGCUCUGUCAGGUUGGGUGGGGAGCGUGGCUGCACAGCUAUUUUCAGGUCUCUGGUGUUGUUCGAUCGGGUUCAAGUCCGGGCUCUGGCUGGGCCACUCAAGGACAUUGAGACUUGUCCCAAAGUCAUUCCUGCGUUGUCUUGGCUGUGUGGUUAGGUUCGUUGUCCUGUUGGACGGUGAACCUUCGCCCCAGUCUGAGGUCCUGAGUGCACUGGAGCAGGUUUUAAUCAAGGAUCUCGCUGUACAUUGCUCCAUUCAUCUUUCCCUCGAUCCUGACUGGUCUCCCAGUCCCUGAAAACAUCCCCACAGCAUGAUACUGCCACCACCAUGCUUCACCUUAGGGAUGGUGUCAGGUUUCCUCCAGACGUGACACUUGGCAUUGAGGCCAAAGAGUUCAAUCUUGGUUUCAUCAGACCAGAGAAUCUGUUUAUCAUGGUAUGCGAGUCCUUUAGGUGCCUUUUGGCAAACUCGAAGUGGGCUGUCAUGUGCCUUUUACUGAGGAGUGGCCUCCGUCUGGCCACUCUACCAUAAAGGCCUGUUUGGUGGAGUGCUGCAGAGAUGGUUGUCCUUCUGGAAGGUUUUCCCAUGUCCACAGAGGAACUCUGGAGCCCUGUCAGUGACCAUCGGGUUCUUUGUCACCUCCCUGACCAAGGCCCUUCUCCCCCGAUUGCUCAGUUUGGCAGAGCGGCCAGCUCGAGGAAGGUUCCAAACUUGGUGGUUCCAAACUUCUUCCAUUUAAGAAUGAUGGAGGCCACUGUGUUCUUGGGGACCUUCAAUACUGCAGACAUUUUUUGGUACCGUUGCCCAGAUCUGUGCCUCGACACAAUCCUGUCUCGGAGCUCUACGAACAAUUCCUUCGACCUCAUGGCUUGGUUUUUGCUCUGUCAACUGUGGGAUCUUUAUAUAGACAGGUAUGUGCCUUUUCAAAUCAUGUCCACUAAAUUGAAUUUACCACAGUUGGACUCCAAUCAAGUUGUAGAAACAUCUCAAGGAUGAUCAAUGGAAACAGGAUUCACCUGAGCUCAACUUCGAGUCUCAUAGCAAAGGGUCUGAAUACUUAUGUAAAUAUGGUAUCAGUUUUAUUUUGAAUCUGUAAACAUUUAUAAUAACCUGUUUUCACUUUGUCAUAAUGGGGUAUUGUGUGUAGAUUGACGAGGAACAUGUUUACUUAAUACAUUUUAGAAUAAGGCUGUAACAAAAUGUGGGAAAAGUCAAGGGGUCUGAAUACUUUCUGAAUGCCCUGUAUGUGUGUAAUGGGCAGCAGUAGAGGUAGGGUUAAUGAUGGUGCUGAUGGCAAAGAGCAGGUCUGGGUGAUCUCAGGACUCAGUGUGGGGAGCAUCUCUGACUGAGAAAACCACAGUGGAGAGCGCCCCAUGUCAUGGAUACUCAUGGUCAAACACACUGCCUCAGCCAUGCAGAACCAGCAGCAGCAAAGCCCUUAAUGAGGGUUUUCUAUAGACAAAAUUUGCAUUUGGAAUUACAGAUUUGACAGUUUUUGUAUUGUUCCUAAAUUGUAGUGUUUAAUGUUUUUAUAUAUAGAUAAGGUUUUUACAUGGUAAAAGCUGCAUGUUGUAGAAUGUCAUUUCAAUAUUUGAUAUAAACUUCAGUUAAAAUUCCAAUAAAUAUUUUACAUACAGUGUUGAAAAUAUUGCUCAAUCUGAGUUAUUGAGUGUGACAACUAUCUUUUUUCUCAUUGAGAAAUACAGUAUGACGAGUAGUCAGAAGUAAGUGACAAAGAUAGCAGAUUGACAAGGUGCUUUAUUUAAGCGGUCUGUAAGAAGGAAAAUAAUGUGUGUCCCUAUCAUAUACAUUUACGUGUAAAAAUACUAAGGACGUACAAAAACACUUUCUUGCAGAUCAUAUAAUUUUCACAUCCUUACGGGUCCUAUUCACAAGGGGAAAGAAAACGGUUUGUAUUCUUUAAUGACAGAGAGUACUACAACUGUUCUCUUUUCUGAUACUUCAUCCCUUCUGCAUAAAAUCCUUAACCACAUGACUAUCUCUUAACGUGGAUCUAAUGACAGAGCUAGCAAGGUCAAGAAAAUGUCAAACUCUGAAGCUACAUGGACAUCAAAUUAAUUACAAGUUAUUAUUACGUCGCUGUUGGAUGAAAACCUCGUAACUCCUCUUUUUGCCUUUUUUAAAAUGUUAUUUUUGACAUGUAUUGAAAGCAGUAAGUCCACUCAAUGUACUCUGAACAUUGACUCUAGGACCAAUAAAAUGUAUUUAAAAUAGCUUCUGAAAGUUCAUAAUUGUUUGUUCGUUAAUGGGAAAAUAUGGCAGUUUUUUCAAUUUCCUAAAAGUUUUCCGUUUUGAAGAUGAGAUUUUCAUCUGACAGCGAUUUGUUUUUAAAUAAAUACUUUACAAUUCAUGCUCGUUCAUAACACUACCAGGAGCAAGAUGACAAGAAAAUCUGUUGUAGACAUUACAAACAGUAGCAGCAAAGUGUGUACACUGAGGUGUAAAAUAGAUUUAUAUAUAGACCCUGCAGUUAGUAAGGAUAGAACCCACAUUGUCGUUGGUCGGAGUCGAGGCGAUCACACAGCUCAACUCAGACCUUUGACCCUGGAGAUGGCCAACGGCACUAGAAUGCUUCACCCAGUGGAACUGAACACCACUCUGUUAAUAACCCGCAGAAACAAACAUCUGGGAUUCCUAGGUGGAUGUUCUACAUAUCCUCCUCAUAUAUAGCUACAUUUUUUAAUUUAUUUUUAUUUGAUCUGCGAGUUCUAAAUUGAAUCGUUGUGACUGAGUGGAACUGAGCUCUCUUAGAAUAACAGGUAAGACAUGUCCAGUAGAAAGGUAAGACCUCAUCAGUGUCACUCAGCUGAAGUUGUCUCCCAGCAGCCUCUCCUGGCCUUGUUAUUAUCACACUUCAUUAUGACAAUAUUUUAACAAUAAACUAAUUUAAGCAUGGACUGCAUGAGGGGACUGUGCUUUCAAGUAAUUCUCUUAUUUAUUUUUAUUUAUUUUAUAUGUAAGGGCAAUUUUCAGUUCUCUGAAAUCAUAAAAGGAGCAAUUUACAUGAAAGCAGUUUUUUUAUGUAAUAAAAAAAAGCGUAUUAUCGUUUUGGCCCGUACUGCCAAUUGCCCUUGGUAGUGUGCACUGCAACGUCAAUAAGGACAUUAGCUUCCCCUUGAAAUUCCCUGUUCUCAAAUAUGUCUUUAUAAAAACAGUCUAUUCCUUUUUUACAAGUGCAUAUUCAUAUGGAUGAAAUGGAAGUAUUGCCGCGUUCACGUGCUAUCGGAGUUAUAGGAAGCUCCUAAUUCCCAGUGGGAAAAUUAACUUGAAUGACCCUCCAAGUAGGAAACUCAGAAAAGGUUGUUCCCCGAGUUGCCACGUCUUACCACUGACCUUUUCAACCAAAACAUGACAACAUACGUUUUUUACAAUAACCUUAUCAAUGUGAAUAAUGUAGCAAGUCUGACCAUAUUGUCAAUAUAAAGCAAGCUAGCCAACUUUAUUAUUAGCAAGCUUAUUGGUUGAAGAAUUGUUCCGACUUCAAAAGCACUACUCUUAAACAACAUGUUGGACACCCCAGUUUCCUAUUUCCCACAAGCACGUGAAGCCAGUAAUAGUCACAGUUCAGCCAAGCGAAAUGUGAAGUCUUCUGUGUCUGAAGCAGUGCCACAGUAAUCUCUCGUUGUUAGACGCACAUAACAUAGGAUGGUAUCGUAGCGUCUGUCAACAUACCGUGGGAUGCGACGACUAACGAUAGUUUUUUACAAUUUGGAAUGGGAGUUUCCGUUAAGGGGGACUAAGGGUAGGAUUCAAUCCGUAUCGUGGAAGAUCUGCGUUAAAAUGUAAAGACAAUUUCCGAUUGGGCCAACAUAUGCAGCAUUUAACAUGAAUGCAGAUUCCCGCAAUGCGGGAACAUUUCCUUUAAAUUUAAAAUCAGGCUUUAUCGCGGAUCUUCUCCCCCAGGGACAUAAUCAAGCAUCUGACAUAAUUAUGCAAGAUUUUAUUUCUUUGUGUGACUUUGACAAAUGGUGGAGGAAACAGAAUUUCACAGAAAAACGAAUAGUAAUGCCGAAAAGGCGAAAGAGACAAUACUGUAACUCUCCCUUCCUUCCCCCUCGUCCAUAAUCAGCUGCAGUACUAAAGACCAUAACAUGACUGCUAAAUACCCCAAAACAUUAUACUCAACCAUAUUCAAUUCAAAAAUAAAAUAAACAAAUUCAAGUUGUCCAUUGAUAA